UUUCUUUCGGUAUUUUUUACUUUACGAGAUUGAUACAAAAUGAACAGCAUUUCAGGACUUGUUAAGGAAACCCUGCCAAAUUAUUUGUCCAGUUUGCCAGUGCCCGAUACUUUCUCGGGCUGGUUUAAAUUGUCAUUCAAAGAUUGGUUAUCCCUUAUCCCACCUACGGCUGUUGCUGCCGGUAUUGGUUAUACCAUUUAUUUGGCCUACUGUCCAGCUGCUCGUAAAGGUGGCUGCUCCAAAGCCGGUAUUUGUAAUCAAUCUGUACGUAAACAUGAAGCUAAAGUUGUUGAUAUGAUUGAUAUUGAAAAUAUUGCCGAAAAGGCUGCCUUCUGUCGUUGCUGGAAGACAAAGAAUUGGCCCUAUUGCGAUGGCAGCCAUGGUGAACACAAUAAACAAACCGGUGACAAUGUUGGUCCUGUAGUGCUCAAGAGAAACUCUUAAAUAUGAAAUGGUUAUUGAUGAUAUUUUUUUACUAAUAAUUUUGAAUAAUUUCAUUUUUUGCUGUUUUAGUUUUUUUCUUUCUUUUGUUUUAAUUACGUUUAUGAUAUUAGCACCCGUUUGUCUUUGAAAGCUUUCUCAUCUGGUGUCAAAUAGUUUAUUGUUUUUAAAAAAAAAGAAUACAUUUCUCUAAAAAUUUAAUAUUUAAAUUGUGGCAGAUUUUCUGAAAAAAACCCCAGUUUUGUUGUGCUUAAGACAAUAGUUUAAUUAAUUAGAAUGAAAUAAUACAGUGUGUAACAAAAUAAAUAUUGAAACAAAAAAACAUAAA